UCUACGCUGCCGCUUCGCCUGUCCCUUUCCCCCCGCCCCCACCAGCGCGAGGAGGCAGCCGGAGUCGCGUGCUGCGGCAACCCAUUUAAACAGUCGGAGCGGCUGCUCCGGGUGAACUGCAAAAGGCUCCCGCGGCGGUGAACUGCUUUCUUCCCCCUCAGGCGGCGGCCGCUCAGGGUUCUUCUUCUCUUCCUCCGCUCGGUUCUAGUUUCUUCGUCUGCCCGGCCAGCCGGCCCCUUGCGAUCUUCUUUUGAAGUAGGCCUCUCGGGCCUCUCUCGGGCAUUUCUUUCCCUCGUCCCCGAAGGCACCAUGUCCGUGCUGGGAAUCGAUCUGGGCUUCCAGAGCUGCUAUGUGGCCGUGGCCCGCGCGGGGGGGAUCGAAACGAUCGCCAACGAGUACAGCGACCGCUGCACCCCGUCAUGUGUAUCAUUUGGACCCAAGAACCGUUCAAUUGGAGCUGCAGCCAAGAGCCAGGUAAUUUCAAAUGCAAAGAAUACAGUACAAGGCUUUAAAAGAUUUCAUGGUCGUGCAUUUUCGGAUCCUUUUGUUCAAGAUGAAAAAGCUAAACUUGCUUAUGAGCUUGUCCAGCUGCCCUCGCUCUCAGUUGGCAUUAAGGUUAAAUAUAUGGAAGAAGAACGAAACUUCACAGUUGAGCAGAUUACAGGAAUGCUUCUCUCUAAACUCAAAGAAACUUCAGAGAAUGCUCUUAAAAAACCUGUAGUUGACUGUGUUGUAUCUGUUCCUUGCUUUUAUACAGAUGCAGAGCGGAGAUCUGUCAUGGAUGCUACGCAGAUUGCUGGAUUAAACUGCUUGAAGUUAAUUAAUGAAACUACCGCAGUUGCUCUAGCCUAUGGGAUCUAUAAACAAGACCUGCCUGCAUUAGAAGAAAAACCAAGAAAUGUGGUAUUUGUUGAUAUAGGGCAUUCAGCUUAUCAAGUAUCUGUAUGUGCAUUCAACAAGGGGAAGUUGAAGGUACUUGCAACAGCAUUUGACACAAUGCUCGGUGGCAGGAAAUUUGAUGAAGUAUUAGUAAAUUAUUUUUGUGAAGAAUUUGGGAAAAAAUACAAACUAGACAUAAAGUCCAAAAUUCGGGCCCUUUUAAGAUUAUCUCAGGAAUGUGAGAAGCUGAAGAAACUGAUGAGUGCAAAUGCUUCUGACCUGCCCCUGAACAUAGAAUGCUUCAUGAAUGAUAUUGAUGUCUCUGGGACUAUGAACAGAGGUAAAUUCUUAGAGAUGUGUGAUGAUCUUUUGGCCAGAAUAGAGCCACCUCUUCGCAGCGUCUUAGAUCAAGCUAAACUAAAGAAGGAGGAUAUCAGUGCAGUUGAAAUAGUAGGAGGCUCUACAAGAAUACCUGCUGUGAAAGAGCGGAUCAGUAAAUUUUUUGGUAAAGAACUCAGUACAACUCUGAAUGCGGAUGAAGCUGUCACACGAGGCUGUGCAUUACAGUGUGCUAUUCUAUCACCAGCUUUUAAAGUGAGAGAAUUUUCUAUCACGGACUUGGUGCCGUACCCCAUUUCUUUAAAAUGGAACUCCCCGGCUGAAGAGGGGAUAAGUGAUUGUGAAGUAUUCCCAAAGAAUCAUGCUGCACCUUUCUCCAAAGUCCUUACAUUUUACAGAAAGGAACCCUUUACUUUGGAAGCUUAUUACAGUUCUCCUAAAGAAUUGCCAUAUCCAAACACUGCAAUAGCUCAAUUUUUAGUUCAGAAAGUAAUACCCCAAAAAGAUGGAUCCAGUUCCAAAGUGAAAGUUAAAGUCAGAGUAAACAUCCAUGGCAUUUUCAGUGUUUCAAGUGCAUCCCUUGUGGAGGUUCAUAAAUCAGAGGAAAAUGAAGAGCCCAUGGAAACAGAUCAACAUGCAAAAGAUGAAGAGAAGAUGCAAAUAGAUCAGGAAGAGCAACAGAAAAAUGAGGAACAACAACAGCAAACACAAGCUGAAAAUAAGACUGAGUCUGAGGAAAUGGAGACAUCUCAGGCCGGAUCGAAAGAAAAGAAAACGGACCAGCCCCCUCAAGCUAAGAAAGCUAAAGUAAAGACAACGACAGUUGAUCUUCCAAUUGAGAAUCAUUUGGUGUGGCAGAUAGGAAAGGAUAUGUUGAACUUGUUUAUUGAGAAUGAGGGUAAAAUGAUUAUGCAGGAUAAACUGGAGAAGGAACGGAAUGAUGCCAAGAAUGCAGUAGAGGAAUAUGUUUAUGAAAUGAGAGAUAAACUCUGUGGCGUGUAUGAAAAAUUUGUUAGUGAUGAGGAUCGUAAUAGCUUCACUUUGAAGUUGGAAGACACAGAGAACUGGCUGUAUGAAGAGGGUGAAGAUCAACCCAAACAAGUUUAUAUUGAUAAACUUGUUGAAAUGAAAGCUGUGGGACAGCCCAUUCAGGCACGAUUUCAAGAAUCUGAAGAAAGACCAAAAGCUUUUGAAGAGCUUGGAAAACAUGUUCAACAGUAUAUGAAAGCUGUUCAUGCAUUUAAAGAAAAGGAUGAACAGUACGACCACUUAGACCCUGGCGAAAUGGCGAAAGUGGAGAAGAGUGCAAAUGAAGCAAUGGAAUGGAUGAACAAUAAGCUUAAUCUUCAGCAUAAGCGAAGUCUUACUUUGGACCCUGUUAUUACAGCAAAGGAAAUUGAAGCAAAAACGAAAGAACUGAUAAACAUCUGUAAUCCUAUUGUUACCAAACCCAAACCCAAAGUGGAACUGCCAAAAGAGGAUCAAAAACCAGCAGAACAGAAUGGGCCAGUAGAAGGCCAGGGUGAUGCCACCAAGUCUUCUCAGACUGCUGAACAGCAUACAGAUUCAACAGCUCCAACAUCUACAGAAAAGAAACUUCCAGAAAUGGAUAUUGAUUGAAUUCCAGUUCUUUAUAUUACAUACUAUAAUAAAGCUUUAUGUUGUCUACUUUA